AUGCUGAAAUUCUUGUCAAAAGUGAAGAUCGAAUUCAAUGCAUUGGAUCCGAGAACGGCGGCGUGUAUGGAGUUCUUAGCCCAGUGCAAUGCCCGGAAAGCUAAAGACUCAAAUCCAGCUUGCGAAGUCCAAGUGAAGCGGCGCACCGACGACCAUCCGCCGCAAAUCACCGUCACGUUCGUGAACGGGGUUGAGGAGAAAUUCGACGCCACCACCACGGCGGCCCAGACUAUCCGCAACAUGAUCCUGGAGAAGGGUCAGUAUCUUGAGACGGAGCAGAUGUUCCGGGAGGCUGGGGAGCAAUGGCCUGUUAUUAUACCUAAUGAAGAGCUCCUUCAACCAUUCCUGGGCAUUAAGCCAAAGAAAGCCGAAGAGAAGAAGCAGUAA